AUGAAAAUAGAACCAGUAGCAAUCAUUGGCAUUGGAUGUAAAUAUCCAGGAGAUGUGUCCACUUUAGAUGAAUUUUGGCAAUUAAUAUCCCAAGGUCAUGACUUUUUGACACCAGUUCCAGGCGAUCGAUGGAGUCAACAUCUUUCAAGCAAAGAACAAAAACUAAAAAAUACCAUCGGUGGUUUCAUCUCUGGUAUCGAUCAAUUUGACAAUGAAUUCUUUGGAAUAUCUCCAAAGGAAUCUUCUCAAAUUGAUCCACAACAAAGAUUAAUUUUACAAAUAUCAAUGGAAGCAUUAGAAGAUGCAAAAAUAUCAUUGAAUCAAAUAAAAGGAACCAAUACAGGAGUAUUUAUUGGAUCUUCAUCAACAGACUAUCAAAGGAAUAUGGAGAUUGGAGAUAUUAAUCAAUUUAGUACGGUUGGGAGUAACCCCUCAUUUCUGUCUAAUAGAUUGUCGUACUUUUUGGAUAUCACAGGUCCGAGUAUGACGAUCAAUACUGCAUGCUCAUCUUCAUUGGUUGCCUUGCAUCUAGCAGCCAAUAGUAUUUGGAAUGAUGAGUGUCGUAUGGCUAUUGUUGGAGGUGUCAACUUGAUUGCAUCACCUCAACAAUCGAUCGAUUAUGGUGAGGCUGGUCUAACAAGCCAACAACCUCAAGGACGUUGUUUUGCAUUUGACGCCAGAGCCGAUGGAUAUGUCCGAUCUGAAGGAGCCGGUAUUUUAAUUUUAAAAAACCUAUCCGAUGCUCUAAAAGAUAAAGAUGAAAUUUAUUCAAUCAUUUUAAAUACUUCAACCAAUACUAAUGGAAAAACACCAAGAGGAAUAGCAGCACCAAGAUCAAGUCAUCAAGAACAAUUAAUUGAACAGUUAUUGUCGCCACUUGGAACCAAUGCAAAUGAUAUUGGGUAUUUUGAGUGUCACGGUACAGGAACUCAAAUGGGUGAUUUAAAUGAACUGACAGCUAUUGGAAAUAGUCUUGGAAAGCUUAGAGAUAAUCCAUUACCAAUUGGAAGUACAAAGGCUAAUCUUGGACAUUUGGAAGGUGGGUCUGGUAUUUGUUCAGUAAUCAAAACAAUAGGUUGUCUAAAAAAUAGAUCCAUUCCACCAAUGUGUCCUCAAUCAUAUGCUACUCCCAACCCCAACAUUCCAUUCAAACAAUUAAACCUGUAUAUUCCAACUGGGUCUACUACAAUCCCCUGGAUUGAAAAGACAAGGUUGGCAAUUGUCAAUAGUUUUGGUGUCGGUGGUAGCAACUGUAAUGUAUUGUUAUCAAGCUUUGAUCAACUUGAUCAAAAUACUAUCAACAUUAACAAUACCAAUACAAUGUCUACUGUUGAUCAAAAGAUGAUUGAUGUAUUUACAAUAUCAGUCAAUCGAAAUAGAAGUCAAGGUGAAGAACAAUUAAAACAACGUAUAAAAGAUGUAUAUGAAUAUAUUCAAUCUAAUCCUAAAGUUGAUAUAAAGGAUAUAUGUUAUACAUCGACUGUAAGAACAAACCAUCUUUCCAACAGAGUAUCGUUUGUUGUUGAUUCAAGAGACAAUUUACUUGACCAAUUAACUGGAUUCCUUUCAGAUAAUUUCGAUACCAAUACUAUCAGAUCAAAUAACAUGACUGGGACUGGUGAGAUGAUGGAAUUUACAAAAAAGAAACUUGGAUUUGUAUUCUCUGGUCAAGGUCAACAAUGGAUAACAAUGGGAAAGGAAUUAUUUGAUGUUUCAAACACAUUUAGAACAGAGUUUAUAAGAUGUUCGUCUAUGUUCCAGGCAAUCUCUGGGUGGUCGUUGGUCGACAAACUAUUCGACACGAAAAACAAAGAAGAGAUACACGGUACUUGGUUGGCACAACCAUCCAUUUUUGCAUUCCAAGCGUCUCUCACUGUACUCUUGAGAGAAUGUGGAAUCAUUCCAUCUGCGGUGAUUGGACAUAGUUUGGGUGAGGUAUCAGCAGCCUAUGCAUCGGGGAUGUUGACAUUGGAAGAUGCUGUAAAGUUGAUUUGGCUUCGUAGCACUCUGCAAAACAAGACAAGUGGAUCGGGUAAAAUGUGUGUAGCUAUGGCCAAUGCACAAACCAUUCAACACCUUAUCACCAAACAUGGAUACGCAAAGAACAUUUCAGUGGCUGGCGACAACUCACCCAAAUCAGUUGGCGUUGCUGGAGACCAUGAAUCAAUGAAUAGUUUCCUCUCUAUUCUCGAAUCGGCCAAUAUAUCUUACAAGUUGAUUCGUAUCAAUGCAGGAUUCCAUUGUCAUUUGAUGGAUAGUAUCAAAGAAGAGUUUUAUAGAUUGUUCCCCAAGAAUUUCCAGUAUGGUCAAUCUAUGAUCCCAAUGUACUCUACGACCACUGCCACACUCAUCACUGACCCAUCGCAACUCAAUGUCGACUAUUGGUGGAAUAAUAUCAGAGAGACUGUGUUGUUUAGGACUGCCUUUGAAUUGGUCCGUGCCAAUGAAGAGUUGGAUGGAUUCUUGGAGAUUUCUGCUCAUCCCAUCAUCGCUCUAAACGUGUCUCAAUGUUUGCGUGGCAGUGAUAACGGUUCACACGACGACCAUUUUAUUUUACCAACUGUUAAUCGUGACGCACCAUCCAUGGAGACACUACUUGUCACACUCUCCAAACUAUAUGUUGGAGGCUAUGAUAUUGAUUGGAGUGGUAUUUAUCCGAUGGCCAGACAAGGUGGUCUGUGCAAAGCAAUCAAACUACCACACAGACGUUGGAACAUGGACCAUUUUUGGGUUGAAAACUAUCAGCUCAAAAAUGAUAGAUUGGAUGUACCACGAUACCCAAGUCUCACACGAAGAAUUGUUUCACUCCUUCCUUGCUUUGAGACAAGAUUAAACUCACCUAGAUUCAAGUAUCUAUUGGACCAUUCUAUCCAAUCUCUUUCAAUCCUCCCAUACUCUUUUUAUUUGGAAAUUGUUUAUUCCUCAAUGUAUGAACUAUUGGAAAAGGAAAACAACAAAGAUGACCACCGUCACUUCACAAUCAAUCAAAUGGAGAUAAAGAAUGCAUUAGUAUUAGAUUCAAAACUAUCAAAUACAAUCCAAAUUCAGUAUAAUAGUGAUUGUACAAGUUUUGAAAUUGGUAGUUUACAAUCAAAUGUACAAGUUCCUCAACAAUGGGUUGUUCAUGCAGUUGGUCAAAUUCAAUAUAUUCAACAACAACAACAAUCCAGUGCUGCCAAAAGAGUUGGUUUUAAUUCAGUAUCUUUAUCCUCCUCUACUACUCAAAACAUGGUAGUAUUGAAUGGUAAUGAAUUUUAUGAAAAGAUUGCAAAACAUGGUUAUCAUUAUGGUCAAAACUUCCAAGCUGUAAAGAAAACAACCUUGUUGGAUCAAGACACUCAAAUCUCUGAAAUCAAAUUACCACAAACCGGAGAUUGCAAGAUGCACUGUCCAUCUCAUUUUAGACUGGCUCAUCCUUCACUUUUGGAUGCUUGUUUACAAGGUACCUUUGCACCAUUUGAAUUGGAUCAUCAAUCACAUUCACGUGGUCUAUGGAUCCCCCAGAAUCUUGGUAAAUUGGAACAUUUCCAAAAUGAUCAUCAUUCAUUUGCCUUUGAUGACUCUUUAUAUUCAUAUUCCAAAAUUAUUUCAAGAAAUGAUCAAUCAAAAAUUAUAACAACUUCAAUUACAUUAUGUGAUUCUAAUCAAAAUACUUUAUUGGAAAUAUCAGAUUUGGUAUUAAAGUGUAUUCAAUUUACAAAUCCUCCACUUCAACAACAACAACACUCCUCAUCCACCUCCCAAAAACAAUCAACAUCAUUUUGGGGAUACGAAUGGAAUGAAAGCGAUGAAGGUGAAAUUAGAGAUACCAACAACAACAAUAAUAACAUACCAACCGUCAUAUUUACAAAUGACAAGUCAUCAUUCUAUACUCAACACUUAAUAGAGUUGUUUGGUAAUAAUCGUCGUGGUCAAUCAUCAAACAUCUAUGUUGUGGUAUCUGAUGAAACAUCAACUAUCAAUCACCAAGAUUUGGAAGCAAUCGAUGAACAAGACCAAAAUGAAUCAAAUGACAAUGCCAUUGAAGUAGAGAUUGUCAAUAAUGGAAUAACAGUGAUUCAAUUGAAAAAUACUGUCGAUCCCAAUCAUUCAAUGGAACAAUUUCAAGAACUAUUUUCAAUAUUAUCAGAGAAUCAUCGAUCAAUGUCUUCUGUAACAUGGAGAUUUAUCCUACUCGCCGAUUCAUUUGUUGAAAGUCAGAGUCAGACAAAUGUAACCCCAAUGCCAACUUCUGUUGCUCCAAUUAUGAUUGACAGUGUAUUGGAUGUUGAAAGAAAUUAUGCCAACUUGCUAUCGUUGAUACAAAAUAUAAUGAAACAAGAGAUUCGAGGAAAGUUGUGGAUGGUUACCAAAGGUGGUCAACAUGUUAAUCCUAUAGACACUGUCAAUCUAUGUCAAUAUUCACUCGUUGGUAUGAUGAGAACCGUGUCAAAUGAAUAUCCACAUCUGCAAGUAUCAAUGAUUGACAUGGACUCUAAUCCUUGGAGUGAUGAAUCAAAUAUUUCACAACUCGUUAAAGAGUUGCACCGUGAAAAUAGUCAUUGGGAAGUUGCUUUUAGAAAUGGUAAAAGAUUUACUUAUCAUUUGGUUCCUAUUCAAACUCAACUAGAAUCAUAUCAAUCAAAUGAAACUUUUAGUAGUUCCCCAAGAUACGAGGCGAUUGUUGGUCAAGGAGGAAUCAUUGGGACUUUAAAAUUGGUUGAAAAACCAAACCAGAUGCCAACACAACCAAACCAUGUAAAGGUCAAGGUAACCAACUCAUCUCUCAACUUUAGAGACAUUCUCAAGAAUCUUGGAAGAGAUUAUGAUGUUGAUCAACUGGCCACUAUGGGAGACGAGUUUUCAGGAACCAUUGUUCAAGUUGGACCUGGUAUAGACCAAGAAAAAUCAUUCAAGGUUGGUGAUCGUGUGUUUGGUAUUCACAUGUCACGAUCAAUGACCAACUAUGUGUGUUGUCCAGCCGAUCUUGUAUUCAAGACACCUGAUCAGUGGACCGAUGAAAUGGCAUGUACUAUUCCUUUGGUAUUCCUCACUGCAUGGUACAGUUUGUUAAGUCAAGCUAGAUUGGAACGUGGGGAAAGUAUCCUUAUUCACAGUGCGUGUGGUGGUGUUGGAUUGGCAGCUCUUCAAAUUGCAAAGCAUAUUGGUGCCGAUAUCUAUGUAACAGUUGGCACAAAUGACAAACGUCAGUUCUUACAGAAUGCACCAUAUUCAAUCCCAGCUCAUAAAAUAUUUGAUAGUCGUUCACUCUCUUUUAAAGAAGCACUUAUGAAUGCAACUGGUGGAAAUGGUGUUAAUGUGGUUCUAAACUCUCUAUCUGGUGACUUUGUAGGACACAGCCUGCAAUGUGUAGCACCGUAUGGUAGAUUUGUGGAAAUUGGUAAAAAAGAUAUCUACUCUGAUUCUAAACUUGGUCUAUACCCAUUCCGUAACAAUCUGUCUUAUUUGGCUGUAGAUAUCAUGCAAAUGACCCUAAACAAGAGAUCUACUCUAUCCCAAUUGAUGGAAAACUCAAUGUUGCCAUUAUUUAACCAAUCCAUCCUCGAAUCACUCCCUCUGACAGUGUUUGGUGUGUCGCGUCUCGUUCCAUCCAUCAGACACAUGAGUGCAGGAACUCAUAUCGGCAAAAUCAUCGUACAAUGGUCGCAAGACCAACUAGAUGCUGCCAAAAACAAUGAUCUGACCGUUCAAAUGAACCAUAGAGUUCGGUCAGAGGGUGGUACCCAUCUCAUUGCUGGCUUUGGUGUUUUAGCGCAAUCAACAGCCAGAGUAUUGGCACGACUAGGUGCAUCAACCAUUGUGUUUGUUAGUAGAUCAGGUAUGGAUAACAACUCGUCAGGUGACAGACAAUCAAUCGUAAGUGAACUAGUUGGACAAGGGGUAGAUGUACAUGUCAAGAAAUGUAAUUUAGAGGAUCCAAUGAAAGUAGAUGAAUUGAUUCAAUAUGGAAUGGUGUCACUUCCACCAGUUUGUGGUGUGUUCCUUGCAACUGGAGUACUCAACGAUAAAUUGAUUUACAAUCAGUCGAGUGACUCUAUCAAACCACCACUUCGAUCAAAAGCAUGUGUUGCGAUUAACUUGGCCAAUGCAACUUCUUCCAUGACCCUAGACUACUUUAUCACAAUUAGUUCAUGUACAACGAUACUUGGAAAUCUUGGGCAAUCAAACUAUGCAACUGCCAAUCGGUUUGUCGAAGGCCUAUCACAUCGACUCCGACAACGUGGUGUACAUGCCACAUGCAUCCACCUCUCUCCAAUCCCAUCGUCCGCUGGUAUGGCCGCCAACCACAUGGUCCUCUCCAACCUCAACAAUAUGGGAUUCACUCCAUUUACAAGUGUCCAACAACUUGAGUCUGGUCUUGUCAAUUGCUUCCAACACGAUCCAUCCUUUAACAACAUCAUCUUUUCCAUUUACAACUACAAUAAGUGGAAUAAUGCUAUUCCCAACUUUAGAGGAUUAAAUUCAUUCCUUCAAUUAAAUGAAUCUAUUCCACAACAAAAAAUAACAUUCAUCUCAACUACUACUACCCCUGCCCCUUUCAAACCACUACCAUUGACUAUUGAAUCACCAAUAAUCCUAUCAACACCCAAAUCCAAUUUACCUUUACCAAACAUCAUUGAUAAAUUUGAUCAACCAAAAACAAAACUAGUUCCAACUCCAACAACAAAGAAAAUAAUUAAAAAGAUAGUCAAACAAAAGAAGAAGAAGAAUUUGUCAACAACUACUCCCACAAUUGUUGCUGUACCAACCAACUCUAAUCAAGUUGAACAAGGAGAAAAAGUAUUAAAACAAGUAUUGUCUGAUAUCAUGGAAGUAAAGAUGGAAAAGAUUGACAAUACUAUACCAUUAAAAGACUAUGGUUUGGAUUCAUUAUUGGCAACUGAAUUCUCAAAUACUAUUCAAAACAAGUUAAACGUAUUUAUUCCAAGUUUAACAUUAUUGGAUCGUAAAACAAAUAUCAAUCAUAUUGUUAAAAAUAUUUUAUCAAAAUCUGGAUCACCAACAUCAUUGGAAUCAAAACAACAACAACCAGAAGAAGAAGAAGAAUAUGAAGAAAUAGAAGUGGAAGAAGAGAUUAUAGUUGAAGAAGAAGAAGAAGAGGAGAUUAAAACAACUAUUCAUAAAAUAUUAAACAAAAAACAACAACAAAAAUCAAUUGAUCAAGAUAUCAUUAUUACCAAACCAAAUAAUAAUUAUGAUCAAUCUCCAUCACACCAACCUUCUUCUUCAUCAUCUUCUAAUAAUAAUUCAACAAUAAUAAUGGAAAGUGAAAUGGCAACUGUAGUGAUUGGAAUUGAACCAAUUGGAGCACCAUAUCUUAAACAACAAAAAGAUAUUAUGAAAUUAUUUGAACCAAGUGUACCGGAAAAAGAGUUCCUAAGAAAUGUUUAUAGUAAUUGCAAGAUUCGUCAACGUCACUAUUGGUUUGACAUGAAAGAUUUAUCAAUGAUUGAUGCCAAGACUAGUGAGAGAAAUCUAAUGUUUACCAAGUUGGUCAAAGACACUGUCUUGCAAGCUGCUGAAAGAGUCAUUACAAAUGCUGGUAUUGACCGUUCACUCAUCACUCAUGUGGUGGGUGUCACUUCAACUGGUAUGCUCGCUCCGUCCAUUGACGCUAUUCUUGUUCGUGAACUCGGUCUCUCUGACACAACUGGACGUACCAUGAUCAACUUUAUGGGGUGUGGUGCUGCCAUUAUCGGCCUGCGUACCUCAUGGGUUCAUGCUCGUGCCCGUCCCGGUAAAUAUGUCCUGUUGGUGUGUGUCGAGGCCAGCUCGAUCAAUAUGGAAGUCGAUCUAGCGAGUCGUGGCGAUCUCGUCAGCAAUUGUAUAUUUAGUGAUGGUGCUGUCGCCACUCUGAUCAGUACACAACCACGCUCACAACUUGGCGGCAAGGGUUAUGUUGAAAUGGUCGAUGAUAUCUCGUACCUGAUGGAAGAUUCUCUCGAUGCCCUCCACAUGCAUUUUGGAGACAAGGGUAUUAACCUCACACUCCGUCCUCAGCUAUCAAUGUGCAUUGCUCGUAAUAUCAAGCCCACCAUCACCGAUUUCCUGGCCAAAAGUAAUUUGACGGUGCAAGACAUUCACUUUUGGGCCGUCCAUCCUGGUGGCCGACGUAUCCUUGAGGCUGUCCACGAAGGUCUCGACCUCGCACAAGAAGAGUUGGCCGACUCUUAUGACGUGAUGAAAUGGUACGGUAACAUGGUAUCCUGCUCCGCACUCUACGUACUCAAACGUGUCAUGAACCGUAUCCUCCUCAUGAAACAAGAAGGUAGUUCCGGUAUGGACCAUGGAAUGGUCAUGGCAUUCUCCCCAGGUGCAUCCAUUGAAGCAAUAUUAUUAAAAUUAAUUAAAUAA